AUGAUUUGCAAAUACUUCUCAGAUCCAGAGGUCCAGAAGAUUGUAUCUUCUGUUUUUGAUACUAUAUGUAUAUGUACUUAUUGUCAUGCUGGACUUUUUCCUACUGAAAAUCAAGGAACAUGUUGUGGAUUAGAAAAGAUUAGUAGAUUAACUUUGGCAGAUGAUACAAUAGCUUUAAGAAAUUUAUUUGUCAGGAAUGAAAAUAUAAGAAAGGAAUUUUGUAAUAAUAUUAGAGCCUAUAAUAGUGCCUUUGCAUUUACAUCUAUGGAAGUUAGAUUGGAUGAAAAUCUUGUGAAUAAAUAUGACCUUCCUCCACUUACUUUAUCUGAUAAUGACUUAAAUGAAUUACCAAAAUUAUUGCUUAAUGAAUUGAAUAUUUCAAUAACAAUUAAAGAUCUAACAAAAAUUAAACUAUUAAAUGAAAACCAAAAAUUAGUAUAUGAUACUAUUAUAGAAUGUAUUGAACAAAAUGAACCUGUCACUAUCUUUGUUGAUGGACCUGCAGGUAUAUUUAUGCAAAAUUUACUAUAA